GAUUGCCUACUCCGGCUGGAGACCGUGCGUGUCAGACCCUCCUGCCUCUCGCUCCGCAACUCCGCAGCUCCGCAAUCCUACACCAUGUCGGACAGCAGAGACCCAGCCAGCGACCAGAUGCAGCAGUGGAAGCAGCAGCGGGCCCCGCAGAGACCCGAUGUCCUGACCACCGGAAGCGGGAACCCAAUAGGAGAUAAACUUAAUAUCAUGACCGCGGGGUCCCGAGGUCCCCUCCUGGUUCAGGAUGUGGUUUUCACUGACGAGAUGGCACACUUUGACAGAGAGCGGAUUCCUGAGAGAGUGGUACACGCCAAAGGAGCAGGUGCUUUUGGAUACUUUGAGGUCACCCAUGAUAUUACCAGAUACUCCAAGGCAAAGGUGUUUGAGCAUAUUGGAAAGAGGACUCCUAUUGCUGUUCGAUUUUCCACAGUUGCUGGAGAGUCAGGCUCAGCUGACACAGUUCGUGACCCUCGUGGGUUUGCAGUGAAAUUCUACACUGAAGAUGGUAACUGGGAUCUUGUGGGAAACAACACCCCUAUUUUCUUCAUCAGGGAUGCCAUGCUGUUUCCAUCCUUUAUCCAUAGCCAAAAGAGAAACCCACAAACUCACCUGAAGGAUCCUGACAUGGUCUGGGACUUCUGGAGUCUUCGUCCAGAGUCUCUCCAUCAGGUUUCCUUCUUGUUCAGUGACCGAGGGAUUCCGGAUGGACACCGGCAUAUGAAUGGCUAUGGAUCACACACGUUCAAGCUGGUUAAUGCGAAUGAAGAGGCGGUCUAUUGCAAGUUCCAUUACAAGACUGACCAGGGCAUCAAAAACUUGCCUGUUGGAGAGGCAGGAAGACUUGCCCAGGAAGAUCCGGAUUAUGGUCUUCGAGAUCUUUUCAAUGCCAUCGCCAAUGGCAAUUACCCAUCCUGGACUUUUUAUAUCCAGGUCAUGACUUUCAAGGAGGCAGAAACUUUCCCAUUUAAUCCAUUUGAUUUGACCAAGGUGUGGCCUCACAAGGACUACCCUCUAAUACCAGUUGGCAAACUGGUCUUAAACAGAAAUCCAGUUAAUUACUUUGCUGAAGUUGAACAGAUGGCUUUUGACCCAAGCAACAUGCCCCCUGGCAUUGAGCCCAGCCCUGACAAAAUGCUCCAGGGCCGACUUUUUGCCUACCCAGACACCCACCGCCACCGCCUGGGACCCAACUAUCUGCAGAUACCUGUGAACUGUCCCUACCGUGCUCGAGUGGCCAACUACCAGCGUGAUGGCCCCAUGUGCAUGCAUGACAACCAGGGUGGUGCUCCCAACUACUACCCCAACAGCUUCAGUGCACCAGAGCAGCAGCGCUCGGCCCUGGAGCACAGUGUCCAGUUUCCAGUGUCUGUCGAUGUGAAGCGUUUCAACAGUGCUGAUGAAGACAAUGUCACUCAGGUGCGGACAUUCUAUACGAAGGUGUUGAACGAGGAGGAGAGGAAACGCCUGUGUGAGAACAUUGCCGGUCACCUGAAGGAUGCGCAGCUUUUCAUUCAGAAGAAAGCGGUCAAGAAUUUCACUUCCGUCCACCCUGACUACGGGGCCCGCAUCCAGGCUCUUCUGGACAAAUACAACUCCGAGAAGCCGAAGAACGCAAUUCACACCUACGUACAGGCCGGCUCUCACAUGGCUGCAAAGGAAAAGGCUAACCUGUGAAAUGCACGUGCUCGGCCUCAGCCUCCACUGAGGAGAUCCUGUGAAGCCGAGCCCAAGGCUCACCUGUAGUCACCGCUGGAUGGAGUCUCCCUGGCUGAAGCGCAGACUCACGCUAACGACUUUAAAAUGAUAAUCCGGGCUUCUAGAGUGAAUGAUAACUAUGCUUUUGAUGCC